CCUCAGCCCGACUCACAGGUCUUUCUUCUGGGGGAACUGAAGCCUCUUCCUCCUCCUCCUCCUCUUCCUCUGCUGCCCGGGUUCUGGGAGCACACGCUGGUCUUCACUUCAGGGAGGAGACCCGACCCAGAACACACGGUCAUGUUGCUGAUUUGGUUCUUCGUGUCGUCUGCUGCUCCAACCGUUUGCUCUUCCAGAUCCGUCUUCUGCCCGGACCCGGAUCCCAUGACGGGUCACAUGACGGGUCACAUGACGGACCCCAUGACGGACCCCAUGACGGCCUGCCUGGGCCUCCGCUUCACGUGGCUCAACUCGCUGAUGGACAGCUGGCCCUCCCUGCUGACCUUUGCCCUCAGGCUGCGCUGUGCGUCGGGCCUCUGUCCCCGAGACCUGGAGGACUACGGCUGCUCCUGCAGAUACGAGGCCGCCGGAGACGCCCUGGACCCCCUGGACACCUGCUGUGCGACUCACAGGAAGUGCUAUCAGGACGCCGCCCCCUGCAGGAAGGAGCUGCUGCCCCUCCCCCACAGCUUCACCUGCUCCUCUGCCGGCUGUGAUGCGGGCGACGGGUGUCAGCGGACGCUCUGCGGCUGCGACGCGGCGGCCGUCGGCUGCUUGACGCGCAGCGCGUACAACGUGGCGCUGAGGGGCGUCGCCCAGUCGGCAUGCUCCGCCUCCAACCGGACAGGUUUGAACGAGGCCUGGAAGGAGGAAGCUCUCCGACAGGAAGAGAGGGAGACGACCCACAAUCCCACAGCGGCUGGCCGGGAUGAGCCAAUCGGGAACCUUCUACCUCUCACGUCCUCUGCUGCAGAUCCCAGGACUACAACACAUCCCAGGACCACAACUGGUCCCAGGACUGCAACUGGUCCCAGGACUACAACACAUCCCAGGACUACAACUCCCAGAGCGCCAGCUGGUCUAGAGGAGUCCUCUGAGGAAGCAAAACCACAUAUCCGCCCGUCUGAGAGAAACAGAUCAUCUGAAGAUGAAGAAGAUGAAGAUGAUGAAGAUGAUGAAGAUGAGCAGCACGCUUCUUCCAAAGGGCCCGGAACCAGAACCAGGGCGACCCGGAGACCCACAACAACAAGAACCUACCCAACAACAACAACAACAACAACAACAAGAACCCACCCAACAACGACAACAACUGACCCAACAACAACAACCAGAACUGACCCAACAACAACAACAACAACAACCCAACCAGCAAGAACCGACCCGGCAAGAACCCACCCAACAACAACAAUAACAACCGACCCAACAACAACAACAACAACCGACCCAACAAGAACCCAACCAUCAAGGACCGAACCAACAAGAACCGAACCGGCAAGAACCGACCCAACCAGAACCGACCCAACAAGAACCGAACCAACAAGAACCGACCCAACCAGAACCGACCCAACAAGAACCGAACCAACCAGAACCGACCCAACAAGAACCGAACCAACAAGAACCGACCCGACAAGAACCGACCCGACAAGAACCGAACCGACAAGAACCGACCCGACAAGAACCGACCCAACCAGAACCGACCCAACAAGAACCGACCCAACAAGAACUGAACCAGCAAGAACUGCGUCUCCCGGUUCUGGGGAGGAGGGCUUGGGACUCAGUGCUGCUCCGCUGAGCCGAGAACUGGUUCCAGAGGCUCCGCCCUCUCCAUCCACCUCAGUGUGGAGCGCCUCUCAGACGACACCCGGGGCACCAGUCACCUCCGUCAGGCUGAGGUCAGAGGUCAGCACCUCCUCCCCGGGUGAGGAGGAGGAGGAGGAGGAGACGGCAGACAGCUCGCAGGAGGAAGAUGCAGAUGGCUGGGCGGCGGCCCAGAAGAGGGCGGUGCCGUCCUUCGCCUGGUCGCUGCUGGAGUCCGCCGGGCUGACCGACGUCCAUCCGCCGGCCGGCGAAGGCUGCAGCCGGCCCUUCACCCAGUACGGCGCCGACGGGCGCGCCCGGCGAGAGCUGCCGGCGCUCGGCGAGAUGCUGCGCUGCCUGACGGGCCGCUGCCCCCACGAGUACGAGAUGUACGGCUGCUACUGCGGACAGGAGGGCGGGGGCCGGCCCCGGGACCGGAUGGACAGGUGCUGCUUCUCCCACCGGUGCUGCGGGGAGCGGCUCGGCCUGCUGGGCUGCCGCUCCGACAGGAAGCUCCGCGCUCGUGUUUCCUGUGAGGCCGGGAAGCCGCGCUGUCAGGGCGUCAGUGUGUGCGACAGGCUGCAGUGUGUGUGUGACAAAGCCACCGCGGAGUGUCUGGCGGCGGCUCGCUUCAACCACAGCCUGUCGGCGCAGCAGUGUCGGGGCCCCGCCCCCCCCUGCCGGCGGGCCAGCCGGCCCCCCAAGCCACAGCUUUCCCCCCAGUCCAGCGAGGAGAGCGAGGAGGCGCCGGGAGGGAGCGCUGAGCAGUCCACCAACACGCCGCCAACCCGGGGACGCCAACACGGGGAGGAGAGCUCCGAGGAGUCCCAGAGGCCUCCUGCUCCUCCUUCCAGGGAGGAGAGCUCUGAGGAGUCCCAGAGGCCUCCUGCUCCUCCUCCUGCUCCUCCCUCCAGGGAGGAGAGCUCCGAGGAGUCCCAGAGGCCUCCUGCUCCUCCCUCCAGGGAGGAGAGCUCUGAGGAGUCCCAGAGGCCUCCUGCUCCUCCUCCUGCUCCUCCUCCAGGAGGAGAGCUCCGAGGAGUCCCAGAGGCCUCCUGCUCCUCCCUCCAGGGAGGAGAGCUCUGAGGAGUCCCAGAGGCCUCCUGCUCCUCCUCCUGCUCCUCCCUCCAGGGAGGAGAGCUCCGAGGAGUCCCAGAGGCCUCCUGCUCCUCCCUCCAGGGAGGAGAGCUCUGAGGAGUCCCAGAGGCCUCCUGCUCCUCCGCUCCUCCCUCCAGGGAGGAGAGCUCCGAGGAGUCCCAGAGGCCUCCUGCUCCUCCCUCCAGGGAGGAGAGCUCUGAGGAGAAGUCAAAGAGUCCUCCAGCUGGAUCCUCUGCUCCUCCUGCUCUUCCUCCUUCUCCACCUCCUCCCUCUAGUGAGGAGAGCAGAGACCUGCCGACACUCGGUGGGAUUCAAACCCACAACCACAGGCCGAGUGCAGGGACACCAGGAGGUACCGGGGAGGAGGAGGAGGAGGAAGAGGAGGAAGAGGAAGAAGAGGAGGAGUGAAACUAGAAGUGAAUGCUUUGCUCUUCAAAAAGCAGCUCUGGGGAAUAUUGGUUCAGAGAUUAUUUUAAAUCAAUAAAAGUUGUAGUUAAAAAAUAUA